GUACAGAGAACAGAUGUGCACAAAAUGCACUCAGCUUUUCCGCUGCCAACCUCAGAUGCUAGAUAUGCUGCUGUGGCAAUGUGAGUUGAGAUAACUGUGUGUGUGCUAAUGCACUAGAAGAAAACUACAGGAACUGACAUUUGUAGGAGGGUGAAGCACAUUCACGGACGCUCUCACUGUCACACGCUAAACUACAAUGGAUCAAGCAACAGACUACACUCUCCUGGGAGCGUCAGGAGGGGCAUCGCCACCUGCACUGCCCAUCAAACAGCGCAGGAGCAAGUCAUCUUCAAGCUCCAUCCAGGAUCUAGAUCUGAAGGUGGGAGAUCUACUCUUGUCUGGACCACAGACACCUGUGUCUCCAUUUGCUGAAGUGUUCACCCCUACUUACUGCAAUGCAGCCCACUGUCCAAUACACCAUCGCUAUGAAAAUCACCAGGCAAGAUUCUUCUCAGAUCAAACUCCUCCUCCAGUACCCAAAAAGAGUCUGAAGAGAACCCUAUCCCUCCCAGCGGAGGCUCUGGACCCAUCUUACCAUGAUCAUACAGGAACCUACAACUAUGAAAAUCCAUUAUACAUGAUAGCACCAUUCCAUGGCACACUUACACUACAAGAGGAAGAGGUACAAGAGGAGCUACAUCAAGCCCCGUCCUUGCACAGAGUGAACUUUGAUACACCAGAUGAGCAACUUCAAAGACUCUUCAGAAGCUUCCAGAGCCAUGAGCAAGUUUCCAUGGGUAUUCAAGAGUGUUAUCUUCAGUUUCUCAGGAACUCAUUGCAAAACAUUGAAUCGAGCAUCUUCCUAAAUGAACAGGAAAUGGAGAUGGCAAAGACUUCUCAGCCUAAUGACUUUAUAUUGUGUGAGGAGCAGUGGACGGAGAGGGAUGCUUUCUACUUGGUGCGUUGUUCGAAGAUUCCCGGGAGACUGUUUUCAGCAAAGGUUCACAGAGAAGAUUUGGUAUCAGAUUGUGCUAUAUCCAUGCCGCAUCCUAACAUUGAGCAAGGAGUGCUCCAUUUCCCACAAUGCACCGCUACGGAUAAAACUUCCACCUUGCAGCAUGCUGAGACAACUUCAGAGCCUUCACAUGGGGACACCACUGAGGUGUGCCAACAGCAAACAGUAGCGGAUCUUCUAGAGAAAGGUUUUAGUGUGACUGUGGUAAGAGACUUUCCAUUGGGAACACUGGAGGACUUUGUUAAGGAAGGACACUUUUUGCACUCCAGCCUUCCUGAGGUUUAUGAGAGGAGGCUUUGUCUUCUUGCGCUCCAGUUGGUACUAGGACUACAGCAGCUGGGGCAUUUUAAAGUAAUUAACAGGGAACUGAAACCACAGAGUGCGACUUUAGUGUGGCCUCAUAUCACUAGCAAGGGGGCUGACACUUGGGAAUACCCUAGUAAAAUGAAGAAGGUAAUGGACAGGAAUAUAGACACUUCCAAAGGUACACCCGGGAUCACGGUGACCGAAGAGCUAAUACACAAAACUGAGAUUUGUCAAACUUUAUGGGAGAAGUGGGGCACCCCUCGUUUGGUCCUGAAAAGCCAUUUUGAUGACAAAGUUUUUCAAGAAGCAACAUCCCAAGAGUUCCAGUUGGGGACUUUGCUGAGGUACUGCCUACAUCUCACUGAUGGUUGCUCAUCCACGUCGAAGGUGCCACAAGACACUCCAUACACUCCAGGAUUGCUGUGGCUGGUCACCCAGCUUACAUCUGAGAAACCUGGGCUACUAUUGGCCGAUGUGGUGGGUGUCCUCCAGGCCUUACUUUGGGGUCCACGACAGGGACUUUUUCAGCAGAACCAACUGGAGAGCUCUGUGUUUUCUAAUUGGCUGCUACUUAAGCGGUCUCUUUUAGUCCUCAAGCUUGCUGAGAAGGGACUCUUUCAGGACCAAUAUGGCUUGGACUGGGAAGACUAUCUCUGCCUGCAAUAUCUAUCCCUUACUGACCCCAAGACAAUGCAUAACAUUACUGAACACAUGGGCCUUCAUGACUUUUUUAAACCUGCUGAACAUUAAAAUGCAAAUGUUAAUGACAACAAUUGUCAGAUAGGGAGACUUAGAUAUAACUGUUGACUUAUGUAGCUAUAUAACCUAAAUUAAGUUU